AUGAAUAACCCAAAACUCAUAGCCCAAGCCACUGCGAAGCGAAAAGCAAGCAAAGAAGAAGAAUCCAAACAAGAAGGCUCCAGAUUCAGAUGGGAAAGUUCAGUUCCUGAAGGCUGGCACAAAUUUUUAAGAAUUAAUCCCCCUAAAACAGCUUCUCCUACCAAUCGGCAACGGAUAAAACAAAGAGCAUCUACUGCAAAUCCUCUUAAAACUCGUCCUCACACCACAAACUUCGCAGAAUACGAGGACAGGCUUUUAAAGCUCAAUAACGAUUUUUCUGACGAAAACUUCAAAUAUAAUCAACUUUACCAAUACUCCGAAGACCAAAAAACUGAAGUUAUCAAGCCUGAAUUUAACAAAGAAAUCCAGUCGCCUUGCUAUUCUAUUAAAUACCUAGGCAUCACAAAUGGACAAAUUGGCAUCCUUUCUAAGCGAGCGCCUAUUCCUCAGCUUUCUCCUUUGGAGUCCUGCAAAGAUGUGCCAUUGCCAUUGAUUUAUUCUACCUCUAAAGAUACACGUAUAUCUAAUAGUAUUAUAAAUCAAAUUAUCACACGUCCUACGAGUAAAUCUAAUGAGAGGUUUGAAUAUAAGCCUCCAGAAAAUUUUACGUCACCAUCGCCGAUAUUAUCUAAUAUAAAGAAAUCAGAACAGACUAUUGUGAUUGAUGAAACUUUGUAUCCAAACCCAGAGGCUUAUAAUAAAUAUAUUAUUCAUACAUAUGCUAGGCCAAGAGGGCUUAUCACCCAGCAAAAAGAUUUUCCAAAUGAGCAUGACCAGAAUUUCAUUGAUUUAGAAGCUUUUAACUCGAAAUUUAUAUAAUAUAAGAAAUAUUAUUGCUAGCCAAAGAGAAAUUGCCUUAGAUAUUUAGGAAAUUGGGAUUACUUAAAGGUAAGGUUAAAAACAACGAAAAUAUUGCUUAAAUUGUGCUUUUAAAUAAUCUAUAAAAGAGCUUAAGCUAUACAAAUGAAAAGAAGGUUUGAUUUAAGUAAACAAAAACCUGUAGAAACACCAGUAUACAGGACAGGAGUAACUGGAUGAAAGCUAUCUCGGCCAAAAUCCACAAGCCCCGGCAAAAGAUAUAAUAAUUGCCCGAGGAUUGCGCUAUCUUGCGCCAUCCUCGGGCAAUUCAAAAAUGGCCCCAUACCGGGAAUUGAACCCACGUGUGGGGCCAUUUUUGGUGUGUGCAGAACAUCGACUUCCACGCACCAAAAAUGGCCCCAUACGUGGGUUCAAUUCCCGGUGUGGGGCCAUUUUUUAAAUUGCCCGAGGAUGGCGCAAGAUAGUGCCAUCCUCGGGCAAUUUCUAUAUUUAAAAACAUUUGAAAAUUCAAAAGAGUUCCAACAAAAGCCAGACUCCUCAACUGAGAAAACUCAAGAAGUCUCAACCCAGCCAGAUGACAUUUCACAAUUUUAUAAUGAACCUUAUUUGAAAUAUCUAUCAGAAAACAAAGGCCUGCAUAUCAAAAGAGCUAAAACUAAGGUCUAA